CGUACAUAAUUCGACCGACACAGCUAUUUAAGUGAAUAUCAAAUGCGUAUAUCAAAAAACAAUUCAACAUGUCGUUAGAAAGAGAGUUAGAAUACAGUUUGGGUAAAGAACACAUUCCAAGGUACAACCACAUAGCCAAGUGUGCUACAUGGAUUGAUGAAAAAUCAACAUUCUUUUUGCGUAAACUGUAUAUUGGGGAAACGUCUGUGCCAAUAGAAUUUGGAGAUGUCACGAUGGUGUUCCAACCAAAAUUUAUUUUGAAGGAAAUAGAGAGUUUAUUUGGCCCUCUUCAAAAACGACCGGAUGAACUAUUAACUGAAUAUGAUACUGCGCCGCAGGAAACAAACGAAUUUCAGCCGAAAAUAAGUGUUACGUAUUCCCAAGACAAAAACACCGGAGAUGAUGGGUAUGUCGUAAAAGCCGAAAAUGAAGACAACAUGAGAGUCAGAGUAGUGAGUGAGAAAAAAAUUCAAGAGGCAUUGGGUUCAAUCCUUGAAAAAAUUGUGUUAAAGCAAUUCGUGGUCAAAUUCAGCAGAAUAAAGCAAACGGUUAAUGAGAAACAACUAGGGCAAGGACUUGCCGACAAGAACAGUUAUUCGAUAGAGAUGAAUAAACUGAAUGCAUUCGAACGAGAGAGCCUAGUGGACACAAUACGUGAGGGACAAGCGCUUUUAAGGAGGUUUGGCCACUACGAAGCACAAAUCAACAGUAGUCCCUCAUCGACGGAUGAAAAAAUUUUAGACGCAGUAUUCGGCGUAGACGGGAAUGUCAAGGGCUGUGGAUUCAGGGACGGACAACUCCAAAUACAUGUGCAUAAACCUAGUAUACCAAGCGAAAGGCAAAGAAUAAAAAGUGAACUGACAAACGUUCUGCAGAAUUUAAAAAUCAACAGCGUGGUUGUUUUUGGCGAUUACGACAUCACCCCUUUUUCGGGAUCCCAAGUUGGAGAUAAAGCUGAGAACAUUUUGGGUAAAACAGGAACGCUUGGUGGUUUUGCUCAAAUAGAAGGUCAUCUUCCUCAAAGUGAAAGCAAACUUUGUGCUCUCUUUGCGAGACAUUUUGCAGAUCCCGAUGAAGACAACGAAGAACCUCCAGUACAAAUAUUUCAUCAAAGUGGUAACAAAACAAAGCUUGGAGUGGUUCAUCGAGGAAAUGAAAGAAGCAAAUAUGAUAUUUCUGCUGUAGCAGUUGUAUCUGAGGUCGAAAACAACAAAUUCAAAACUUCUGAGGGCCUAUAUUCACCCAGCCAACUAUGCCUUUACGAACAUGAUCAACUGGCAAAUCUUGAGGAACUACAAGUCUACAUUUGGGCAAAUGGAGAGGCGACUCCACGACGAGGAAAGAUCGCAAUUCCGUACUAUCGCCUUAGUUCAAUCGAUGGUCAUUACGUGUUGAUUGAGACAUUUGUGAGUGGGAUAGAGAAACCAACGCGCUUGUGA